GUAAUAUAGAAGAGUUUGUUUUAUAUAGAAAGAAAGCGGCGCGGCGAAGAGAGAAAGAGAGUAUUUUUGCAGCAGCAGCCAUGGGAGCUUUGGCUCCAGUUAGUCGUUGGAUUCCUGAAGAUGACCUCAACCUUAAAAACGCCAUUGAGGCCGGUGCUUCUUUGGAAUCACUUGCAAAAGGUGCAGUUCAAUUUUCCCAAAGAUUUAGCGUUCAAGAAUUGCAAGAUCGAUGGCAUGCUCUCCUUUAUGAUACAGUUAUUUCUGCUGAAGCAUCAACGCUCAUGAUUGAAUUAGAUCGCUCUGCAUCGACACCAAAAUGUAAUAGGUUUGAGAGUGCAAAGGAAAGUAAAAACUCUGUUCUGUUAAAGAGAAAAACUGAGAGCAUCCGCUCAUGUUAUUAUGCUAUGCGUAAGAGGAUCCGCAAUGACCCAUUUGACUCAAUGGAUAUGAAUUUUCUUGGUGGAGCUGGUAACAAUGACGAACCUCAGUCUAUGGAUUGUGUAUUUGUGGAUUCGAUAAGAGAUACCUUUGGUGAUCAACAAUCAAAUUUUGAUGUAACACAAAAUGGCAUUUCUGUACAUGAGCGUCAUGAUUCCAUUUGUGCUAGUGAUUGUGUAACUUCUUCUCCUGGUUUUUCGAUUGGACUCCGCAAUCACAACGGAGAUGUUCCACUUAGCAGCUUUAAUGUUACUGAGGACUUUCCUGAUGCUCUUGAAGAAAGUGUUGCCCUUGCUGAGAAUCAAAGCACUGUUGGGGAAUUGGGUGAAUUGAAUGAAUUGCCAGUUUGUGGUUUAUUUGAAGCUGAGGAUUUAGAACCUAAUUUGCCUAUGAGAGAUCAAUGUGAUGACAAUGUCAUAAACUCUUCUGGAUUUGAAAGCCAGGUGUUGAACUCAUCAGUUCCAGAUUGUGACUUGUCAUUUCACGAUCUUGAUUAUUCACCUACUCCACCUGAAAUGCCAGAUUGGAGUACAAUUGGACAUAUUUCUGUUCCAGCUCUGCCUGAUUUCGAGGAAGAGCAUAAUAUACAUAAUACAUUUGUAGUUCCUAUUGAUGACCAUUCGAGUAAAAUGGCUGCAUCAGAAUGCGGUGUUGUAAAUUCAAACUCCAACUUGAGACACCACAUGUCAUGUAAUGAACUGAAAAAUUCAGUACCUAGUACCGAUGACUACUUAGCUGAGUUGUCAGAAUCUUUAUUCAAUUUUACAGAUGAGGAAGAGCUAUUAUUCAUUGAUCCUGAUGGAAUUGAAACGAUUGAUAAGUCUUAUUUUGAUGGCUUAAGCUCACUUCUCUUGGAUUGUCCUGAUGGUGUGGGUGACAUGUCUGACAUAGGUGUAUCGGAGGCUUCAAAUGCUCCAGAUGAACGGCUUACUAUUCUUGAUGAUGCGUGUCCGGGAGAAUCUGGUGAUAAGAGUGUGUACCAUUACAAUGAUAAGCCUCAAGUGUCCAGUUCAGACUUUCAAAUGCUAUCCUCUGCAUUAACUGUCAAUCCAGCUUUUCCUGAAAUGCGUGGUGGAGUUAUUUGUUGCACAUUAAACACUGAGGACCCAGAAGUUCCUAGCAAUGAUGAUGUUUUUCUUCCUGUUCUAAUGCCGUCAACAUCAUUUCCGUCAAUGACACAUUGGAAAUAUGAUGAGACUUAUCAUCCAUUAUCCUCGUCUGCCAAAGAUUUGUCAUAUAAUCAAAAAGCCUCCAGGAAAAAGGAACAAAAUAGUCAUUCAGAAUACAGUAACUCUUAUCAGAUGAAUGAACCCCCAUCACAGGUAGAAAAGUUCAAUCGUGAUCACAAAGUUCAGCAUGAGGUGCCCAAUGACAAUAGCCAACAUGUGGUGCGGAGGAAUCUGCCGACUUCUGAUUGUCCAAGACCAGUCAUUUCAGGAAAUUUAAGUGCAGUAAAUGUCUGUCAAGGAGAUUUUAAAGAAAAUAUCGCAAAGGAUGAACAGGAUAAAAACCUCAGUCGGAUUUACACUGAGGCCUCCAUGUGCUUGGAGAAGAAUGCAAUUUGCACUAAGGAACAUGACACUACUUCCAUCCUUCAAAAGAAUGAACCUAUACUUGCUGAAACUGCCCUCAUAAAAACAACAAUCCCUGAAGCAAGUGCAAACAAUACUUCUUCAGAUUCGGAAGAGUUUCUUUAUGAGAGUGAUGAGGACAUUCCCUACUUUUCUGAUGUUGAAGCUGUGAUCCUUGAUAUGGAUUUGAGCCCUAAUGGCCAGGAUAUGUGUUCUAGUAAGAGAGUCAAAGAGUAUCAGCGUGAAGAUUUUAUUAGAACGAUCAUCAGGCUAGAGCAGGCUGAUCAUGCUUGUAAACAGAGAAAGAUUGCUGCGCGUGGAGCAUUUGCCGUUUUAAUUGGCUGCUGCUCAAAGCAUUUUAUUAGAAAACCCGAGGUGCUGCUGGGAAGAGCAUCUGAAGAUGUUAAAGUUGACAUCGACUUGGGCAGAGAAGGUCGUAAUAAUAAAAUUUCUAGGCGACAGGCAAUUAUAAAGAUGGACAUGCAUGGACUAUUCCAUUUGCGGAACGUUGGAAAAUAUCCAAUUCAUGUGAAUGGCAAAGAAGUACUUCGGAAACAGAGUCUAACCCUGACUUCUGGUUCCUUCAUUGAGGUAAGGGAACUUACAUUCACAUUUGAGAUUAAUCAAAGUCAAGUAAAAACGUAUGUGGAGAUCCUGAAGGACAGCCAAAGUCAGGGUAUCAAAGCUUGAACAGUUCUUGACGAGUCUUGAGGAAGUGCUGUCUUUUAUAAAUUGCACUUUCUGGAUACUUUGUAAUAUAUUUAUUCCCCCUCUUUUCUCUCAUUCUUUUUCCCAGUCCCACAUCCACCCCCCCCUCCUCUUUCUCUCUCUCUCCAGAAUCGUUCUAUUCAUUGUAUGGUAGUCUGAGAAUUUUCAAGA